AUGGCCCGGCCGGGCCGAGUGCACGGCCUACGCAAGCCCCAAGGGGCUUUCGGGGGCCCCGCGGCCAAUCACCACUCUCGCUGGUCCCAACUGACAGCGGGCACCAGACCCCGCUGCAAAGGAAGGGGCGGGGCCUUCAAGGACUGGCCAGCCAAUGGAAGCAACCCUGGAGAAGGGACAGUGCGUUGCCAAGGUUCAGAUCAUAAGCAUUCAUCAAGUUCAAAUAAUCUAGAUGACGAUUUGGAGAAAAUAUUUGAUGAGAUUCUACUGCAGGUGUUUCCCAGUGAUCCAUAUGACACAUCAAAGUAUGAAGCCAAAACAGCAGGCAGACUGAUUACAAGGAGAGACACGAAUGAAGGUCACUUCCAGACGAACAGCUUAAACAAUUCUGACUUUGCAUCAAGUGCAGUUAAGCGAGAGGAACAUUUGGCUAAAAUAUUUGAUGAGAUUCUACUGCAGGUGUUUCCCAAAGAUCCACACCACAUGGUACACAAUGAAGCCAGAACAACAGGCAGACUGAUUACAAAGACAGACAUGAAUGAAGGAGACAUCAACGAGAAAAAAGAUGCUUUGGCGGAACAUCAGAACUAUAAUAUCCAAUAUAGGAGUCAGCCGUGUGGGCAACUGAUGCGCUUCCUACAGAGGAAUAUCAUUACAGCCGCCAUUGCAGUGGCCUGCAUCCUAGCCAUCAUCGUGCUGUUGCUGCUCAUGCUCUCUGCAUACCUCAGAAGGAAACGCCCAUUGUGUCCUCCAGCAAACAUGACAUACAAUAUUUUUAUAAUGAAUGGAAAGAGUUGGUGGCAAAAGUCUCAGGACAAGACUCUCAGAAAAUUUAGGGGAAGAGUGAAUAAGCUGAAGAACUGUUCCUGUGUCUAAGCCAGGUG